CUGCUACCAGAAAACAUAGUGAAAAAUCAUAAACCUUCUUCAGCAUUAGCGUUUAGACUUAUGAUCAAGUCGUGGUGAAAUUUCAAUAUUAGACAACGUGUUUUUAUUUAUAGUUUCUACAAAUAUUUGACCUUGACUUGCUAGCCUAGUUUUCGUAACCACAACGUUUUACCGUCUGGACAUCACUCUUCGUUUCACUACAGUUGGCACCUAAGGACUAUAUAUAUCUAGACCGCUAAUCGAUUACGCCAAGAAUUAUUCCAGUGGAAACAAAGUCACGUUUUAAAACGCACAAGGAUGAUAAAUCGCCAUUCAAUAAAUUUUAUUACCAAACGUUUCAUUACAACGUCUAGCAUAGCUAAACAAAAUAGGUCUCAAGAACAGACUAAAAAUUCAAAAACUUCAUAUGAAUACAUUAUAAUUGGGGCUGGAUCUGCUGGCUGUGUUUUAGCCAAUCGAUUGAGUCUGCCUCAUCCUAAGACGAAAAACUCUAGUAAAGUACUCCUUUUAGAAGCAGGUCCAACUGAUCUUGGAUUUUCCAGAUGGACAAUAAGAAUGCCAGCAGCACUUAUGUACAAUUUAUACCAUGACAAGUACAAUUGGUACUAUCAUACUAUUCCACAAGAACACAUGCACAAUCGUACUAUGUACUGGCCUCGUGGCCGUGUACUUGGGGGAAGCUCUUCUCUGAAUGCUAUGGUGUACAUCCGUGGUCAUGCACUAGAUUACGACAGGUGGGAGUCAGAAGGCGCAGAUGGUUGGAGUUAUGCGAAUUGCUUGCCAUAUUUUCGGAAAGCCCAAACACAUGAAUAUGGUCCUAAUCAAUAUCGUGGUGGUGAUGGUCCAUUGUAUGUAAGCAGAGGCAAAACUAAUCACCCCUUACAUGCUGCUUGGAUUGAAGCCGGUCAGCAGGCUGGAUAUCCAUUUACUGAUGAUGUAAAUGGUUAUCAACAAGAGGGUAUUGGGCACUUUGAAAUGACAGUUAAAAACGGUGUGAGGUGUUCAGCAUCAGCAGCUUAUUUGCAUCCAGCACUGAAGUCCAGUUCUAAACUAACAGUUGAAACAAACGCUUUGGUUACACGAAUACUGUUUGAAAAUAACAAAGCGGUUGGUGUUAAGUAUUAUAAAAAUGGUGAAUUUUAUGAGGCUAGGGCUGAAUCUGAAGUUAUUUUAUCAGGAGGAGCUAUAAACUCUCCACAACUGCUUAUGCUCUCAGGAAUUGGUGAUGUGGACUAUCUGCGGUCUGUUGGAGUUGAUGCUUGGCAUAAUUUACCAGGCGUUGGACAAAAUUUACAAGAUCAUUUGGAAUUAUACGUGCAACAAGCCUGUAAGAAGCCGAUUACCCUUUAUAAAGCCCAAUGGAAAUAUCCACAUAUCAUGAUUGGCAUUGGGUUAAAUUGGAUAUUAUUUGGCCGAGGUUGGGGUGCUAGUACACAUUUGGAAAGUGGCGGUUUUGUGCGAACCAGCGCCAGUGUUCCUCAUCCUAAUAUUCAGUUUCAUUUCUUACCUUCUACAGUCCACGAUCACGGACGUAAAAUGGGUAAUCAGCAUGCAUUCCAAGUUCACGUGGGUCCUAUGCGGUCUCGUAGUUGCGGUCAGAUUCUAUUGUCUUCUCCUAAUCCGAAAGAUGUUCCACUAAUAAAUCCAAACUAUUUGGCAUGUGAAACAGAUCGAGCUGAAAUGAGAGCGGCAAUUCGUUUGUCUCGUGAAAUUUUUGCCCAACCUGCACUUGCGAAUGAAUUUGGAGGAGAAGAGUUGGCACCUGGUGAAGAUAUGCGGACUGAUUCACAACUGGACAGAUUUGCCCGUUCGCUUGCUGAUAGCGCUUACCAUCCAUCUUGCACCUGUCGUAUGGGUAAAAAUCCAGAUGGUCGUAAGGCCAACACUGAUGACAAAUUGGAGAAUGGUUACAUCGGUAAUGGUAGAAUAGAUGCAGCAGUUACGCAGUCAGAUUGUAAAGUAUGGGGGGUUGAAAAUCUACGUAUUGUUGAUGCAAGUAUAAUGCCAUCAAUUAUUUCAGGAAAUCUGAAUGCACCGGUGAUUAUGAUGGCCGAAAGAGCCGCUGAUAUUAUAAUUAGUUCACGUGAUGGAGAAUCUGUCAUGUUACCUGCAGACUUAAAAGCUUCUUACUGGAAACCGCAAAAACCUGAUAAACAACGUGAUGGUGUCCCACUUAAAUCUCUUACUUCAGGUUGACUGAUAAAGACAAAAAACUUUCUUGAGCUUACUCUUUUAAACAAAAUGUGAGGGAAAAAAUGUAUGCACAGUUUAAAUAUUUUAGCUGCAUUAGAAGUGGGUGUGAGUUAGAGAUAAUUAUUUUUUGAAACACUGACACAUUUUGAAUGAAGCGUCUACCGAUUUAUAAUUGAUUUUCCCAUUUACUUUUCCAUUACAUCAGUCUAAGGCUUGUUUUAGCAUCUUGCUAGUACUUUUCAGUAUUUCUUGUGAAACCUAAGAAAUUAACUUACUAGCCACCACAAAGUUUGUAUACGUACCUUAUUCAGACUCUGUAAGUGGAGUUAAAUUCUUCUUUAUUAGUCUGCCUAAGCUUAAAAGUGUGAAAUAUUCCCAUGGUAUGAAUAAAAAUUCAAUCUGAACGGCGAAUAUUCUUUUCAAUAAAUACUCUUCAGGUCCUUACAAUUAUGAAAUAUACUUUUUAUUAUCGUCACAAUAAUGGCCAGUUAUGCCGCGGAUACAUCUUUAAGUAGAAUAACAGAAUAAUACAAGCCAGUCAAAUCGCUUAAUCCGAUAUUAUGCAAACCGAAAGAUCUAACAGAAAAAGGGG